AUGGAAGAUUCAAAGGUGAAGCUUCUUAAAUGGCUCACCAUCACAGAGCAGCUGACCUCGGAGAAACUCCAAGCAGUCAAGUUAUGGAUCACUGCAGGCCCUCGAGAAAAGUUCACCGCUGCGGACCUGGAGCUUCUCAAGCAGCGUCUGGACAGCGGUGGAGGUCUUCUUGUGAUGCUCCGAGAAGGAGGAGAACUGAAAUACGACACUAAUAUCAACUUCCUUCUGGAAGAGUAUGGCAUUAUGGUUAACAAUGACUACACCAUGCUGCCGGACACAGGAAGUCUGUCCGAGCGUCUGAGGGUGUGUCUGCGGGAGGCAGACGAGAACCCGCCAGAUUUCACGUCUCUAGGCUUUUCAUGUGACGCAACUCAUUCCUGGAUCUUGGCCUACAAAAACACAUCAUCUUUUCUGUGCUCUAUCAAAUCGGUCCUUCAGCCGGCCUUCAGGGACCUUCCCCCACCCAAGCCUGACCUCUCUGACCUCGAUGAGACCUUUCCUUCGGAGAAAGUGAGGCUGGCUCAGCUCUCAAAUAAAUGUACCGAUGAUGAUCUGGAGUUUUAUGUGCGGAAAUCUGGAGACAUCCUAGGAGUGACAGGGAAGCUAGACAAGGACAAAAGAGAUGCCAAGCACAUUCUUGAACACGUCGUCUUCCAGGUGGUGGAGUUUAAGAAGCUCAGUGAAGAGCAUGAUAUCGACACCACAGAGUCACGGUUCAACAUGUACUGAAGCAGGCUGGCCGUGGAUCUCUGGACUUGUUUCAGAGAUGGUUUAUAUACACAGAGUAUGGACACUCAAGCUGGAACCACAUGUGCAAGAAAAGUCAGAUGGAUGCGAGCCAGUCAGCUGAAUCUAAAUGCCAGGUGACUCUCGAGCAGGGGUGUCCAGACCUGUUCCUGGAGGGCCGCUGUCCUGUGUGGAGUUCAGCCCAACCCUCAAUUAAACAGCUAAUACAAGCUCACUACAAACUUACAGGUUAGAGAUAAAAUCUGCUUGACGUUGGCCCUCAGAGACCAGGAUUGGACAUCCCUGUGUCCAAAAGUGCAUUCCAAGGACAGGACAGCAGCAGCAGACAGGCUCCGUUUUAUUCAUUUAGAAAAGAACACAAGAGAAGCAUUUUCACCAGCGGUCUCCGUUAUAUUGCCACUAAAGUAUGGUCACUGCUCACAUUUACUCCGAGAACAAAAUAAAUACACAUUUUGAAACAUGUUAUUGUCGUGUGCAUUAUGAAGCUCACACUUGACCCAACACACAGAGAGACAGAUUCUUUGUAACACUGACGAUGCAAGUCAUUUCAACACUUUAUUUUUUUGAUUAAAUACAUUCUA